AUGGGGAUUGUAUUUUGGAUGUUUUCUCUUCUGGCUCUUCCAGUACUUCAGUCUGCCAAGAUCCUGACUGUUUGUCUAAUUGGAGGAAGCCACUACUUGUUAUUAGAUGAAAUUUCUCAUAACUUACACAAGCGUGGCCAUGAGGUCCGCAUGCUCUUGCAACUGGGCAACCCUAUUAUCACAGGUUUCUCUUAUGAAGGCCGUGCAGACAGUUACCAGACGAGCUCCUGGUCCUUAGGAGAGAAAUAUAUUAAAGAAUACAAUGGCUGGUUCCUGGAGCAACAAACACAGUUUUUACUGGGAAGGGAUAACUUUAGUAACUUUUUAAAUUUCAUGGGGCACCUGUCCUAUCAGUGUGACAAGCUCUUAGGGGAUAAAGAGAUCAUAACUUUCCUCCAGAAGCAACACUUCGACAUCACCAUCCUUGAUGCUUUUAACCCCUGUUCCUUCAUCCUGGCACACAAACUUGGUCUCCACUACAUAGCUUUCUAUCCUGGCACUCUGAAUGGUCCUCUGUCCAUCGCCCUUCCCAGCCCACUCUCCUACAUCCCAGUCUUCAGCUCCCAGCUGUCCGACCACAUGAACGUCUGGGGUCGUGUGAAGAACCUCUUUUAUUCUUUUCUCGCUCCAGUAGGCCAGGAACUUAUAUGGUCAACAUUUAGGGACGUAGCUGAACGCUACCUUGAGUCAGGCUCAGCCCCUGGUGGUCUGGAGGAGCUACACCAAGGAGCUGAACUCUGGGCCUUCAACACUGAUUUUUCACUGGAGUUCCCACAGCCUCUUAUGCCCUACACUGUGCUGGUGGGAGGUCUACUGAAUAAACCUGCAAAGCCUCUGGAACAGGAUCUUGAGUUGUGGAUCUCCAGUAUUGGAGAAGCAGGUUUCAUUGUUGUGACUCUGGGAUCAAUGGUCUCUUCUGUCUCUGUGGACCCACUGCUUGUGGAGCUGGUGGCUGGCUUCUCCAGGAUUCCUCAGGGGGUGAUCUGGAGGUAUGACCCCAAGCGAUGGCCAUCUCACCUGAACAGACCUCCCAAUCUCAGGCUAGUGGACUGGCUGCCUCUCAAUGACCUGCUGGGCCACAAACAAGCACGUCUCUUUAUCACCCAUGGUGGACAAAACAGCCUGCUCCAGGCAGUGUACCACGCUGUUCCUGUGCUGGGAAUCCCUCUGUUUGGAGACCAGUUUGAUAAUGUGGUAAGGGCUGAAACAAAGGGACUUGGCCUCAUCAUCAGCCCCACACACAUCACCAGGGAACUGCUCAGCUCCACUAUUCAAACACUAAUUCAGGACAUCAGGUUUAAGUCUUCAGCUUUGUCCCUUAGUAAGAUCCACAAAUCCCAUCCUGUCCCUCCAGCCCUUCGACUCAUCCAGUGGGUGGAGCACGUCCUGCACAGUGGAGGUGGUGCUCAUUUAAGGCCAGCUUCACUGACACAACCAUGGUACCAGAGAUACCUGCUGGACCUGGUGCUUCUUCUCUCCCUGGGCCUUUUUGGUCCUGUAGUUCUCUGCUGGACUUUCUGUAGAAACAAGAAUAGCAGGUAUAAACACAAAAAAAUACAAUAGCAGUACUAAGUGUUUCCUUACAGAUACUUCAGAUUUAUACCUCACUUCUGUGUCACUUGUCUAUCUUGGACUUAUUGUAUACUGUGCAUGAGAACUUUUUUAAAA